CAGUAAAGUGAUAACCAUGGUAGUCGGCAUAGUCAUCGGUGUAGUGUGUGGAGCGGGUGCAGCACUCAUGGUCGUAGUACCUAUAGUGUUAUACAAGUACACGAGCUGCUGCUCAACAUGCAAGAAAAGACGGAAGGACCACGAGGCUCAAAAGAAUAUAACUCUCGCCACACCACCUCAGGAGUUUUUCAUCCCAUCGGAAAAAGUCUCCGUCCAACCUGGGGUUGUGGCCAUGCAAAGCCAGACUCCCCUUGGGUCCUCCAAGCCCGAUCUCAGGCGCCUCUCACAGUCCCGUCACUCCCUGGGACCUACCGGUGAGGCCGACCGGCGUAGCAUCACCAGCGAGUCCAGUGUGGGAGGGUCUUUCGAGUCGGACAUCGGUGCCGUCCAACCGGAGCUGUACGCCCGUACCAAUGAGGUGUUGGUGAGGAACAGUGGAGUCGAGAAGCCGGACACUACUGCCAAGAAGAAAGGCAAGCGUGGACGGCUCCAUGUCAAACUGAAAUAUGACUUCAACACGUCGGAUUUUGUGGUCAAACUUCUUGAAGCUGAAAAUCUUCCCGCAAUGGAUUUUGGAGGAACCAGUGAUCCGUAUGUGAAACUCUCACUCGAACCAGACCCGGAAAGGAAGAUUAAACAAUCAAAUGUUCAGAGGAAAACGCUGAAUCCAACUUUCAACGAAAGCUUCAAAUUCCCCAUGACGUUUGAGGAGACGCACGAUAAAACGCUUCGAAUGAACGUCUACGACUUCGAUAAGUUUUCAAGACACGAUGCGAUUGGUGAAGUGACGAUACCGCUGGCAGAUGUAGACGUGUCUCGAGAAGUUAAUGUUUGGAGUGAUUUAGAAGAUCCACAAGCGAGACAAGGAAGCUUGGGUGAUCUGCUUUUCUCCAUCAGUUACCUACCGACUGCAGAGAGACUAACUGUUGUUAUAAUGAAAGCGCGGAAUCUGAAAACAAUGGACAUUAGCGGUAGCGCCGAUCCCUUUGUUAAAGUGACACUCAUACAAGGAGGGAAAAGAUUCAAGAAGAAGAAGACAACUGUAAGAAAGAAUACUUGUAAUCCAGUGUGGAAUGAGGCCAUCAUCUUUAAUGUCCCUGCUUCAUCUCUGAAAUCUAGCAGUUUGGAGAUGAUUGUAGUCGACUACGACCUUUUGGGCCAGAGCGGGAAGAUGGGCUCGGUGGUGAUCGGGCCGGAGUGCACAGGACUCGGCAAGACCCACUGGAACGACAUGUCACAAUCACUGAGGAAACCCGUAGCUAUGUGGCACACCCUGCAAGAUUAACAAAUACCUUUUGGCUCUUUGAAGAACAAGUUUAUAGCAUCGGUAGUGACUUGUAUUGGAACCGAAUAUCUUGAAAAGUUAACAUUCCCAGUUGACUAUAGAUCAUUGUGGUAUAUGAGAGAAGUAUCCAACUUGUCACAUUCACUCAGUAAACCCGUAGCUAUAUAUGUGGCACACCCUACAAGAUUAACAACACCUUUCGGUUCUCCCAAGAACCAGUUUAUAGCAUCGGGAGUAAACCAGUCGUGGAACCGAAUAUCUUGAAAAUGUUACCUCUCACAGCUGACUAGAUCGGAGUGGUGUAGAGAAGUGUCUAUCAUGUCGCAGUCAAUGAUGAAACCCUUAGCUAUUAUGUGGCACAUCCUUCAGGAUUUACGACACUUUUCGGUUAUUUCAAGAACCAGUUUAUAGCAUCGGGAGGGAACCAGUCUCAGAACCGAAUGUAUUGAAAGUUCUUCCCAUACAGUUGACAUCAGUGUGGUAUGUUGUAUCCAACAUGUCGCAGUCACUGACGAUAGUGGAACACCCUACAAGAUUAAUGACAACAUUCAGUUCUCUCAAGAACCAGUUUAUAGCAUCGGGAGAGACCCAGUCUGAAACUGAACAUCUUGAAAGUUGAGUAGAUUAGGGAAGAGGAGUUUUUCCCAACAUGUUGCAGUCACUGGGGAAACCCGUAGCCAUAUUGUACACCCUACACAAUAAUAACGACACAUUUCGGUUCUUUGUAGCAAACCAAAAACCUGUUUAUAACUACACAAUAAUAACGACACAUUUCGGUUCUUUGUAGCAAACCAAAAACCUGUUUA